UUCUCUGUCACAUUAUAUUUUAAGCGUAAUUUUAUACCGAUAAUAUGUUUUUCUACAUUCUGCUGGUAACUAUUGUUACUGUUGUAAUUUCUGCAAUGUAUAUAAAAUCGAUGAGACCUGCGGAUGUCGUCAGUUUGGCCAUGAAAGUUUCUAUGAAAUCAGGGUUAAUGGCCCUGAUGAUAAAAACCGGACUAAACAAAAAAAUCAGAUCACCGACUGUAGAAGUUGUAGCAUCAAAUGGCUUCAAGUUUGUUGCAGAGAGUCAAGGUUUUGCACAUCUUCUGGAACCUAUAUUAAAACUAAAAAUCAGAGAGGACGACAUUUUCGUGGUGACAUAUCCAAAAGCAGGUACAACAUGGAUGCAAGAAAUAGUUUGGCUCAUAUGCAACAACGCAGAUAUAAAAGCUGCUAAAAGUGAAACAGUUACCGGAAGAAGUGCAUUUCUUGAUUUAUUUGACGUGGAUUCCGAUUCAAAGGGUCUACAAUCAUUAGAAAAUUGGCCACUGGGCAAACAAAGGAUAAUGAAGACGCAUCUUCCGUACGAGCUAUUACCCGAAGGGAUUUUCAAAGAGUCUGGAAAAGGGUGUAAAAUUAUAUAUGUUUCAAGGAAUCCAAAAGAUGUGUGUGUGUCUUAUUAUUUCUUUCAUCAUUUGAAUGUAACAAUGGAAGAACCAGGAACUUGGAAUAACUUUCUGGCUAAAUUCUGUUCCGGAAAAGUAGCCUGGGGAAGUUGGUUUUUGCACACCUUGAAAUUUUGGAAGGAAUCACAAAAAGAUAAACGUAUUCAUUUUACAACUUUCGAAAGAAUGAAAAAUGAUUUAAGAGGAGAAGUCGUUUCAGUAUCAAAGUUCCUCUCGGUAGAUUUGACAGAUGAACAGAUUGGUUCGAUAACAAACCACUGUUCUUUCACCAAUAUGAAAAACAACACUGCGACAAAUUAUACUCACACGGCAAAAUAUGGAUGGGAUUUUGAUAAUUAUAAAUUCAUGAGAAAAGGAGAAGUGGGAGACUGGAAGAAUUAUUUUACGUUGAAUCAAAAUAUUGCUUUUGAUGAAAUGUAUGAAGAAAAAAUGAAGAAUAGUGGAUUAGAACUGGUUUUUGAACUCGAAUGAGAAACUCGAAUUUUCUGAGAAGAUUAGCGUUUCAUAUGUAACCUGGAUAUUGAUAAACAUUUUUAACGCAAUAGAAUGGACCAUGUUGUAUAUUGUAGCUACCGCUUAUCCGACAUCCUAAAUUCCCAACCAUGUUGUAACAGCUGGCCGCUGGACAUUUAAAUAUCUUUACUUAACGCACGGAUCCUACUUGUUAUUACAUUUAUUUCAAUACUAGAAUUCGUAAUCAAGAUUCGGUAGUAUAGCUGGUAGUGGCCGAGACAUAUUCUUGCAUAGGAACUAAACGAUGAAAUUCACAGCACGUUUACCCUGUAGAAGACAUCAAAGCGUUUAUUUAUCAAAUUACAAUCGCCUAAGGCAAUCUGGUGUAGCACAGGUACAAAGUCAAUUUAUUUCUUCUGUGACCUUUGCGACUUUCCACAGUCAUCGCGUAUGGCCUUCUAAAUAUAUUUUUAAUAUUUGAGUUGGCCAUAGUUACGUUAUCUAUCAUUAUUCAAAUAACCCCUGCAUUUUGGUCACGAUGCUUCAUCGGUCUCUAGGCGCACAAAAGCGCUGACCGCGAGUAUAUAAUACCGGACAAUUCAGAAUUCUGUUUCCAAGCGUGCAAAUGUCGAGGGAGAAGUCACAUGUGAGAAAAUGCCUUACCAGGCAAUUGUUUACAAUACUGAUCGUCGUAAAAUGGAAGUCGGUUGCCGUAGGGAAGCAGUCAUCAAAUAUGGUCACGGUCCAUGAAUACAGAAUGCGGCAAAUGAACAAAGCUGUUUUCUGUUUGCAUACAGAGUUUGUUUUGUUACAGGCGAGGUAUAUUAAAAAUAUGAGCCAGUUGUGUUUUAGUUUGUGAUAUAUGUAAUAGAUAUACAAAGUGCAUAAUUUCGAAGAUACAGCAGUAGCAUUUUAACGAAUCUGAUAUCAUUUUCAACUUGGCGACUAUAUUAUGCACGGUUUUGGUUCGAUCGCAAAUCUAUUGCGCAAACAACGCAUAAUGACGUGAGACACUUAAGAAAAUACGACAAGAGCACUAGAGUAAACGAUUGCAAAUAAACGCUUCCGUUUGUUGUUUUGAACUUGAGAAUUAACCGUUAUGCUGACGUUAAAUAUUCGAGACUGAAUAUUCGUUCUGCAUUUGUUUUACUUUACAGCUUAUUUCAAUGUAAUUAAUAUGCUGUUCUACAUUAUUUUAUUCACUGCGGUUGCAAUUCUAAUAUCGGUACUGUACCUAAGGUCAAUGAGACCAGUCGAUGUUGUAUAUUAUGUUAUGAUCUUCAUAUCAAGAUCUGGACUGAUAGGCUUCCUCGUAAAAACUGGACUGAACAAAAAAAUGAGACCAAAAUCUACGGAACUCGUUGCACCAAACGGCGUGAGGUUUAUGGCUCCAAGCGCUAUCCACGGU